AAGCUUUCUACAAACCGCCUCAAUUACAUUUGCUUCUUAAUCCAGAAAAAGAUCAUGAGGAGCCAAAAGAAGCAAGUGAGCAUGGUUAAGAUCAUCAAAACACCCAUACGAGCAAUUUCAAAAGCACUGGAUCUUUAUGUCAAAGGUGUCACCAACUUCUCCACAACCUACAACAGACCUCUCAGGACCAUGGAAGCAGCCACGCCCGACUCCCACCAACUUCCUAGAAGCCUUAGCACCAGCAUCCUAUCUGAUAACGACAUACCGCCGGAAGGAGCUCUCGUCAGGUCUAUAUCGACUGCUGCUAUUGGCGGCAGAGCCACCCAAUUGAGAGUUGCCAAUUUGGAUGUGUACAGGCUACAGCAUCAACGCCAACAGCUACAACCAUGUGCAUCCAAGAAAGGUGUGCCCAGAAGUUGUAGUGUUGGGAUGGGGAGAAUCGAGGAAGACAGGGUUUCUUCGUUCAGGAAAGAACAUAUAGUUGUUAGAAACAAGCUUCUCAUCGAAGAUAACGACUCGACAUUCUCUAGGAGUCGUACUUACAAUCGCAUGUCUACAAAACCUCGACAAUAUUUACAGUAGCAUCCACUUGUAUUUUCUAUAAAAUCGACGAGUUAGCAUUUGGAUUACGAAUAUAAAUUGGAUCGCAAUCUCCGACCAAAUCCGAUUGUGUCAUUGGUAUUGUGUAAUGAAGUUUUGUAAAUAUUUGCCUUGUCACUGUUUAUCUGAACGGUAUGUGCAUACAAGUUCAAAUGUUAUUGCU